CAAUUCCACACAGGCAGAUCAGAAUGUGCUCUGGCUACUCCAGGAAGUUAAAAAGCAUUGAAUCAAAUUCCUUGAAGAAACCAUUUCGAUAUGGACGAAAUGCAACUAGCACACAUUGCAUUAACCUAAUUUAAUAAAACUGAAUUCCCAGCUUCUCAAUCGAUCGAGCCACGUGACAGCUCGUUUUCGCCAAACAAGCACAUCACCCUUGCAAAUCACUGUUGCAAAUCAGGUAUAUGCGCUGCGUCAACCGUUUGGGGUUUAGCCUAGGGCGGCUAUUGCUAGACUUUUAGUAGCCUAUAUCAGAACAUGGCUAGGUUUGUAGUAGAGGUGUUUUUUGUCCUUGUUUUCUCCGCCACCAAUGCGGCGCAGGAGGAGGUCAUUGAUGUGAUUCUAGCCAGCCUCGCCAAAAGCGCAUCGUUCCUGGAGCAAGAGCACCGUAACAUCAACCUAGACGGAGUGGUCGGGUACAUCAUCCUGCAGGCGGAGUUGAAGGAAGCAGUGAGAACGUGGCCCCACACUGACCCUCUGAGCUGGUCUCAGCGCACCGCUACGGUAACCCUGGUCAGGAGGCUGGACCAGAGCCUGGCUAAGGCUGUCACCGAGCUGGAGAAGACUGACCCCAAAUACUACAGAGAGUUUGAGCCUCUGUUGAGCUGGACCUUCUGGUCAGUACCUCAUGAGUGGAGCUCCACAGAUCCCUCUCUGGCCUACUCCUCCGGUCGAACCAUGGAGUGUUACGAUGAGACGCAGAGCGACAAGUGUAUGACCCUGCUACUGGGAACAUGGAAGAACAACGGGACUCCUUGCAUCGUGACCAAGUCAUGUCGUGACACAAUGACGAGGUUUGGAUGUCCCAACUACUCCCUCUCUCACCAGCUGCUCUACUUCAUGCUGGGAGCCAAUAGAGGUUGCUCCAACAUGUUGAAGGGGGACAUGCGUACGUCGCGUGUUAACCUAACAGAGAGACAGUACCAGGGGACAUUCUGCUGCAACAUGCUGAAGGGAAACAUGGACAUCAUACAGAAUAACUUCACCGGGGAGACCCAGGACAUCUUCAUCGAAAACAUACUGCUGUGUGGAUUGGCUGGUUUCUCUGACUUUCUCAAAGUUGAUUGGCUGCAGCACAUUCUGAGGCUGCAGGAUCUGGAAGUGGGAUGUUUUACACAGCCCCACAGAAGAGUGAAGAGGAGAGAGAGAAUGUUGAAGGAUGGUUGUUCCAGUCACAUAACAGGCGUGUCAGUGAGCGCUCUGGGAGGAUACCUCAACUACUACCUGACAGAGCAGGACAUCACCAAGAGACCACUCACCUGAAUGUCAACCACCCUUCACCUGGCUGUGUGACCCUUCACCUGGCUGUGUGACCCUUCACCUGGCUGUGUGACCCUUCACCUGGCUGUGUGACCCUUCACCUGAAUGUGUGACCCUUCACCUGGAUGUGUGACCCUUCACCUGGAUGUGUGCCCCUUCACCAGGAUGUGUGACCCUUCACCUGGCUGUGUGACCCUUCACCUGAAUGUGUGACCCUUCACCUGGAUGUGAACCACCCUUCACCUGGCUGUGUGACCCUUCACCUGGAUGUGUGACCCUUCACCUGGAUGUGUGACCCUUCACCUGAAUGUGAACCACCCUUCACCUGAAUGUCAACCACCCCUCACCUGGAUGUGUGACCCUUCACCUGAAUGUGUGACCCUUCACCUGGCUGUGUGACCCUUCACCUGAAUGUGUGACCCUUCACCUGGCUGUGUGACCUUUCACCUGGAUGUGUGACCCUUCACCUGGCUGUGUGACCCUUCACCUGGAUGUGUGACCCUUCACCUGGAUGUGUGACCCUUCACUUGGAUGUGUGACCCUUCACCUGGAUGUGUGACCCUUCACCUGGAUGUGUGACCCUUCACCAGGAUGUGUGACCCUUCACCUGGAUGUGUGACCCUUCACCUGGCUGUGUGACCCUUCACCUGAAUGUGUGACCCUUCACCUGGCUGUGUGACCUUUCACCUGGAUGUGUGACCCUUCACCUGGAUGUGUGACCCUUCACCUGGAUGUGUGACCCUUCACCUGGACAUGUGUGACCCUUCACCUGGAUGUGUGACCCUUCACCUGGAUGUGUGACCCUUCACCAGGAUGUGUGAUCCUUCACCUGAAUGUGUGACCCUUCACCUGGCUGUGUGACCCUUCACCUGAAUGUGUGACCCUUCACCUGGAUGUGUGACCCUUCACCUGGCUGUGUGACCCUUCACCUGGCUGUGUGACCCUUCACCUGGCUGUGUGACCCUUCACCUGGAUGUGAACCUCCCUUCACCUGUACGUGUGACCCUUCACCUGGAUGUGUGACCCUUCACCUGAAUGGGUGACCCUUCACCUAAAUGUGUGACCCUUCACCUGGCUGUGUGACCCUUCACCUGGAUGUGUGACCCAAAUAGCACCCAAUUCUUUACUUAUACCACUACCUCUGACCAGGCAAACCCAUAGGGCUCUGGUGAAAAGUAGUGCACUAUGUAGGGCAGUGUGUAUCCAUCCUCUCUUGGGGACACCCAGUCGUUCUAUGGGUUUCAUCUAUUCCACAGCACCAGGGGUGGAAACCACUUAACUAAUACUUUAAAGUCAUUUUACUUCAGUCGUUUUUGGAGGAAUCUGUACUUUACUAUUUAUAUUUUUGACAACUUUUACUUUUAUUUCACUACGUUCCUAAAGAAAAUAAAUGCACUUUUUCCUCACAACAUUUUUCCUGACACCCAAAAGUACUUGUUACAUUUUGAAUGCUUAGCAGGAGAGGAAAAUUGUCAAAUUUACGCACUUAUCAAAAUAACACCCCCUGGUCAUCUCUACUGCCUCUGAUCUGGCGGACUCACUAAACACAAAUGCUUUGUUUUUAAAUGAUGUCUGAGUGUUGGAGACCCUGGCUGUCCGUAAAUAAAUAACAAACAGAAAAUGGU